UUCAGCUGGCUUGGUGUUGCGUUGCGUUGCGUCGCGACGCUUCGCGAAAUCGCGAGUGCCAACGCGAGUUAUUCUCUCCCCUUUCCUCUCUCUCUCUCUCUUUUUCACUCUCUAUCUCUCUCUCUCUCUCUCUCUCUCAGUAUACACACACACACUCUCUCUCAGUUUCUCUCUCUCUCUCUGUCUUCCUUUCUCCCUUUCCAUUUGCUGAUCCACCCUCUUUCCCGUUAUCCAACGCGGUCGCCCUUCUGCGAAAGCAUCGCCACCUCCGACUCUGAAAACUCGGAGCAACAGGACAUGCGAUUGCGCGUCCUGUAGGAAAUAUCCCGCGAAAAAUUUUUCGUACAAAGAAGGGUGAUCAGACGGUGAUGUAACUAGGCUGGAUGGUUAUCAUCGUGUGUUGAUCAUACGUUGUUUCGUGUCCGGACUCAACGGGAUAGGGGUGCGGUGCACCGUCUUCACAACUGUCGCGACAAGAAAACGCGAAGAGAGUGACAAAAGUUUGUAGUCGGGAUAAAAUAUUCUCGAUUCAGGAUUGUUUCCAUUGGUACAAUUGAUAAAAAGUUCAAUCGUUGCAUACAUAUUAUCACUGUAUACAAUUAUGGAAAUUAAUUAUUAAAUAAAAAAAUCAAGCGUGUAACAAGAGAACAAAAAAACUGAAGAUAAGAAAAAAAAUUGGUGGGAAAGAGAAACUGUGGUAUUGUGUUUCAAGAGGAACAGACAUAUAUAAAAGAAGAAAAAAAAGAAGAAAAGGAAAAAUAAGGAGGAGAAGAAGAAGGAAAAGAAGGGAAAACGAAACAAUUAAGGAAGAGGAGGAAAAAAGUUGAUAGACUCGUAUGGAAUCGAGCAUCAACAUUGGCAACACGUUUUCAAGUGCUGUGUGUAACUCUAUUUUUCUGGUGAUGCGUGAUCGAACGACUUGCUUGCCCCGAUCAACGGAGGCUGCUAUUACUUCUGUUACUACUCUCGGCGGUCUCAUGAGUGAGCUGACACGAAGAAGAUUGUCGGAUGAUCUUGAUGGUGGAAUAAUGAGCAUGGAUCCUGACUCCUUUGGUUUAUCAUGAAAACUACAUGCAACGAUUUAAACUAGUAGACUCGUCAGUCACGACGAAACGCGAUUUUGCAGAGAAGCUAAAAGCGUCGUUCCACGUUGGACCGCGGAAUAAAAGAGGUUCGCUAUUUGCUACUGUUGCUGCUGCCGUUGUUGCUGCAACUGCUGCCGCCGAGUCCGCUUAUUGCUCAACUCGUCUACCGGAAUCGAGCGAGGAUUCUCAUGCACGCCGUGAACUUGCGAGGUAUCCCACAGUCGAGAGGAGAGAAGGAGCAUGACGUAGUCGUCGGCGAGGGGGGCCCUUGGGAUGCUCCAGACUUCCGGCUAGGGUCGUCAUAUGGAGGGGCAGGACGUAACCACCGCGGACGGCAAUCUGUUUCGAAACUUUACAAGUUCCAUCGUCGCCAGCCGCGAUACCGACGAUUUUUUCCGGGGCUUUCCCGGCAAGAAUUCGCCUUACACCACUGCUCAGGCAAUACUCAUCGCCUUAGUGCUUGGCAGCAUCAUCGUCGGCACUGUGAUCGGGAACAUCUUGGUGUGCGUCGCGGUAUUCCUUGUUAGAAAGCUACGUAAGCCUUGUAACUACCUGCUGGUCAGCUUGGCGGUCAGUGAUCUUUGCGUAGCCCUUUUGGUGAUGCCGAUGGCGUUGCUGUACGAGAUAUCAGGCAACUGGUCCUUCGGCUGGAUUAUGUGUGAUCUCUGGGUCAGCUUCGACGUGCUCAGUUGCACCGCCAGUAUUCUCAAUCUCUGCAUGAUAUCUGUGGACAGGUACUGGGCGAUCACAAAGCCGCUGAAAUACGGAGUGAAGAGGACGCCACGCCGGAUGAUCGUCUACGUCAGUCUUGUUUGGCUAGGAGCGGCCUGCAUCAGUCUACCGCCUUUACUAAUAAUGGGAAACGAGCACUCGUACUCUGAGACCACCGGCGCUUCGCAUUGCGUGGUUUGCCAAAACUUUUUCUAUCAGAUUUACGCUACCCUCGGCAGUUUUUACUUACCACUCAUCGUCAUGAUUCAGGUAUACUGCAAAAUAUUUUGCGCUGCGCGCAGGAUAGUUCUGGACGAGAUAAGAGCGCAGCUUCACCUGGAGGUGCACUGCCAUCUCGAUAUGGAGCCGGCGGCCGCUUCGCAUCCGACGCCUGCUGUCAUGAGCCAUCAAUUAAAUUCUGAUAUACAGACAAAUCGGAGCAGUCCUUCGGUGAAACAACACAGAAGUUCCAGCGCAUCCACUACGAUGAGAUCGGAGGUACGCACCGACACACAGGAUAAUUUAACAGUGUGCAGCGGCCAUGCGGUACGAUGCUUCGCCGGCGGGCCGCGCAAGAGCAACGAGUCGCAGUGCCCGAUGCUGCAAAAGGUGGAACGGCCGAUUCUAUCGACAACGACGACGCCAUCGAUGAUGACGGCGUCAACGCGACAAACCACGACGAUCGUGCGUAACCACUUGAACAGCACAUGCAGCGUCACAAAUUCACCGCAUCAGAAGAAGCUGCGCUUCAAUCUCGCGAAGGAGAGGAAGGCUAGCACGACUCUGGGUAUCAUCAUGAGCGCCUUCAUCAUCUGCUGGCUACCAUUUUUCGUGCUGGCACUAGUACGGCCGUUCCUUAGUGAUCCGGAUGCGAUUCCUGCCUUCAUUACAAGUCUCUUUCUUUGGCUCGGCUAUUGCAAUAGUCUGCUGAAUCCAAUAAUCUAUGCCACCCUAAAUCGCGACUUCCGCAAGCCAUUCCGCGAGAUUCUUUAUUUCCGUUGCGGCACCCUUAACCACAUGAUGCGCGAGGAGUUUUACCAGAGCCAAUACGGCGAUCCGGUCAAUAAUUACGAGAUUAAAGCUGGCGAGAGUGCGGAGAGUGCAGACCGUUUCGACGAUCAUCACGAAGGCAUCGUCGAGUCGAUGGAUGUCGCCGGUGCUGGCGCCGGCACCUGCGGGACCGGCACUCCAAACGAGAGUUUCCUGUGAUCCGAGAGGAGACGUUCCUCGAGGACGAUUGUCGAGGACCGUCGCGGUAAUAUUCGACGGAGACCGCCAUCAUCGUGCUGCAUCGAACAACUUCACGUAGCGCCUAAUGAGAUCCUUCUGUGAUUCUCCGGUGAAUUAGAACGUUUCUCUAUUUCCAUACAUCUUCACACAAUCGACGAUGAUUGUCGCGGUGAGAAUAAUCGUUCUAAUGCAGAACACACACCAGUUUUGCAGACCACAAAUUUUCUUGCAGAACGCGUUUCUAGGACUAUUGUCCGAUGAAUGGUUUCUUGAACGUUUGUGAUCUUAAUAAACCAACAGAGUAAACUAACCGAAAAGCAUUGCAGCCUCGAUCAAUCGUUUCGCUAAAUUCAAGGUGGUGAUGUAAUUAGAACGCAGAAAAUAAAAGUGGAAUGAGCGUCCACAUAUGUACUCGUCUUAGAGGAAACGAGAUAAAGGUUAUUCGCGUUGUAAAGUCACCGCUUGUUUUAUGUUGUUGAUGGUUUACCAGUUUUGUACUUUUAACGCUAGUCAUUCGUCGUAAGGAAAACAACUAUUUAUUCUCAAUUUGUCCGAGACGUACGAUCGAUCCACUCAGGACACAUAGUCACAUUAGCAGAAAGGAUCGUUGCGAUCGUUGAAUUUGACGAACUCGUGGGAAUAAGUUAUAAUGAGAAAUUGAGUUUGUUAUAUUUCAAGGAAGAAGAUAACCGAUACGCAACGGACUUGAAUCAUCAUCGGAAACGCGUUCUCGCGAAACAACAAAGAUUUAUGAUGCAAAAAACGUCGCGGUCGAGAGUAAGUAAAUCAAAAUCGGUUGCAAUAAUCCCAUAUAAAUUCCAAGAAACAUAUCGAAAUUUGUAACAAAAACCAAACUAUUUGCGCGUAUCAUGAUUAUAAUUAAUACAAUUAUAUUUGCAUGGGCGCAACUGACGUGCAAUCUGCAGAGCUAAAGCUAACGAUCCAAUAAACCAGUACUGACGCAGUUGAUUGACUCGCACAAACGUCGCGCAAUCUUGAUGGACAAACGACCGUACAAACAACAGUCGUUGCACAGGACAAUCAGACGAAUGAAACGUGUUUCCCGCAAUUCCGGAUUUUAUUCUCCACGGAGACGCCAACGAGACGAUGAGAUUGAAUUUUCUACAUUGUCAUCGCACUGUGACGUCGAUAACCGAAGCGCUCGAACUUGAACGUGAUUAGAACAAAAUGAGAACAAAAGAGAGAAAGAUUUUAUGCGCUGUACAGAGUGCUCGAUAAAUAGUAAUGGAAUCGAAGAAAAGAUAAUCCCCUCCUCCCCCUCGUAAAAAUAUAAAUCCGAAAAUACAAAAGAAAUUGUUGUACAGUGAUAAUAUCUGAUAAUUGUCAUAUCAACUGCCGUACGAACUCUGUAAGUAUGGUAUGAACUCUAUAGGUUUCAAGAAAGAUAUCUCUACAAUCCGUUGACAAUCUGCUGCCAACGUGGUAUAUGUUGCUGGAUGUAGAGGUGAUGCUUUAUCUGCAUAUGAUACAUGUUUUAGGAUAUAAUAAUAAUCAGAUACUCUGUAUGAGAAACUUUAUUCCCGAAAAAAAUCUAUUUUCUUGAAAACAAAGUAUCGUAUAAAAAAAAGUUUUUAAAAAAUCACUUCUUAUCGACUUCGUCGAUAUACUAUAAUUUAUUGAGCAUUUUGUGUAUUGCACGUAACUAUAUAUCAUCAUCCAGCGAGAUGGAAUACAGCAAAGAAUUGCUUGCUUAAAACUUUACUCACACUGAUAGUACGAGAAAAAAUGUGUGUUUUUUUUACGAGAAGCUUACAGCCAUUUUAUAAUCAAUUUAACUGCGCUAGAUUAAAGAAAGUGAGAAAAAGGAAUAAAAUUGCACUUUAUCUUACACACUCUGAGGUCAGCCGCACAAAAUUACUAAUGGAACUCGAUUCCUACUUUGUAUGCAACGUUACUAAAAAGGAGAAUGUAUUUUUUCGCAUUUUAUAGAAAGAGAAUAAAAAUAUAUCAACGAUUAUAAACUGUUUUUAUAGUGCGAUACACAUUGUGUCUCAUAAUAAUUGCCUAGAUAGUAUAAUAUUCCUGGACCAAAAUAGGGAGCAACAUGUUUCUUUUUGUAAAGAUUUAGCAUAUUAAUGCACCGUCAUAAUGUAUAAUUUUUUUUUUUAAUUAUUAAUAUUAUUUUUAUAUGUUUUCUUCUCAAAAGAUUCUUGUUGCUCACUUAAGAGCAACAAUUAAAUAGACAACAUUAAAAAAUAAAAUAGGACAAUACGUUUUAAUUUCAAAUCGGUUAAGUACAAUCAAGCAAAUAAGAUCAGAUGAGAAGGUGAGAAGAUUUUUAAAUCAAAGAAAGUACUUUAGUUUGCAACAGAUAAAUUUUGCUUAAAAAUGCGAACCAUGUGACUUUUUACUUGUGGUAACAAAUUUCUAUUUGUCUCUGCAACAUGAUAAUUUUCGUCGCGCAAAUAUUCAAGCCAUGUUCUCAUACGAUAAACCAUACGCGACGGGGCGGAGGGCAGAUUCCUUCGAAAACAUUGAUCCAAGUUAUGCAGAGCGACACGAGGUGCCGAAGCACACCGUUCGAGAUGCAUUAUAUGAAGUACGAGGUAUCUCGCAGAAGCAUGCACCGUAACCAAUAAAUGCAAGGAACGCGCACGCGUGUGUGUAUGUGUGUUUGAAUGGAUGUGUGGAUGGAUGGCAGCUCUUGCCUCGAUAUCGCUUAGAGGGCAUUGCGUGCGAGAACGGCAGCAAUGAAAUUUGCAAGACAUUAGGCGCAGUUGGAGCUAGUUUGAUUUUGAUUGGAGUCAAAUCAACAUAGAAUCAACGCAAAAUCUCAGGUUGAACGUCUCGAGCUUGACUUUUACGAGCCAAGUCAAGCCGAGUCGGCUCAUGAUCGUGUGGCACGCGAAUACACAUCGUGAUAAUCGCCAGUGCGCCAGAUUACCGAGAUAAGCCAAAGCCAAUACCGAUACUGGGAAAAUAAUUGUCAAAAUAAAAGAUGGUUAAUAAAUAUUUUGAUUUCCGUAAUUGAUAAGAAAGAAAAGAAUAUUUUGGUUUGAAAUAGUAUUCGAGAUAGUAAUUAUUUAAUUUUUAUAGACAAUCUGUAUAUAAUUCACACAUCAUAUAAAUAAAUUUAAGUUUUCAAAUAGUCAUUAAAAAAUAAGAAUUUUUCUUUUAUUAAUAAAAUACUGUUUUAAAUUAAACAGUUUGUUAGUGGAAUAUAAAUAAUGUAAGGCCGACCAUUUGUGAUGUGCAAUGUCUUACAAAUUUUGUCCAUACAUGCUGCCGGCUUCUUCUAUGACAAAACGGAAUUGUCUUUUACUAUUGGUGUCGUUAUAAAAUAAACUUGGAUUAAUAUAAUCAGAGCUCACAGAAAGCCACAAUAACAGUUCUCAAAAAGUAGAUAACAUUAGUUGAACAAUAUAAAAUGAGAGUCAUCCCCUAUUUUUAUUCAUAACGUCGAUCUCAUAGCCGUAUAAUAAAUAUUUCCUUUCAAGAAUGCAUAUAAAUAUUAAAUAUUAUUUACACAUUGUAUACUGUCAGACGAAAUAUUUAAUUGCAUAUGAUAUUUUUCUACAACUACAUUCUUUCACUAAAUAUUUCUAUUAAGAAAAUGCUGGAAUGGUUAUUAAACCUACUUGAUGAGAAAGAGCUCAAAGAAAUGAAAAAUAUCGAUAACUAAAAUCAAUACGACAAAAAAAGGAAAAGAUGAUGUGCUGACACUUGUCUAAUUAAUCUAGUGCUCUGCUUUAUCUUGCCGUUAGUGGAAAAUUCACAUACAUGUAACAAUUUUUUAUUUUCACUCCUUGUUUAAAGCAAUUGAUACUAAACGAUAAUGUUACAUCAGAUUUAGAUUAGGAUCCGUUUAAAGCGCGUAAAGAAAGAUUGUGAUGGGCCUAUACGGCGCUUCGAAGCGUUUGCAGCGUCAAAUAGAGUUCUGUGUCCUUAGUCUAACUUCAAUCUAAAUUCAUGUAAAUCAAUAAGAUGAUAAUUGAUUUACAUUGAAAUUCAGACUGAACGUAAUCUUAUCGUUUUGUAUAUAUCAUUUUAAAUAGGAUUAUACUUUAACUACAGACUUCAAAAUUUGAUUCUUAAAGUGCCACAUAAUAUUCUUAUAUAUCAUCUACGUGACAGGAAAAUCUGAAUACAUAAAUUGCAGAACUUUUGUAUGUAAAGUAAAUAUUGUCAUGAGAGUUAAUUUAGCUCUAGACGCUAUAUUGAAUUGAUCAAAUAAUUUUGAUUCCGUUAUAAAUUGAACCUUGCUACUGUUUAUUAACACAUUUACGUUUUUUUCUUAAUAGCUUUUGUAAUUGUAUGCAAGUAAUACAUAGAAUAAUAUGCAAAAAGAAAGUGAAAUUUGAUUAGUAAUGUAGACGAUUCUAACAUAUUCUCAAAAACUAUUUCGAUGUUUUUCCUGCAAAUACUGAUAUCGUAGAGGGUGAGAAAAAAAAACAAAAAUAAUUUUACGAAACAAAACAUGGUUAAUAAAAAUAUCGUUUGUCUUUUUGCAGGAAAAUCCUAACCUUUUCAGAUUGAUGUAUGUAUGUGUACUCGAUUACUAAACGGUGGCUACACAUUUUUUAGUGUGUGCACAAUGAAGUUACAGUGCUUCUGUCACAAUUGAGAGAUACUGCUGAUUACACGUUACACGUAAUCAGUUAGUAAAGAGAUAUACUUAAAUCUUCAAAGUCGAAGUUUGUAAUAUAAAUUAUGAAAGAAUAACAGUAUAUUUCAAUGUUAUAUUAAUCAAAUUUAUUUUUACAGCCUAUACUGUCACUUCGAUUCCUUCGCAUAACCGAUUACAGCGCGAACGCGUCAGCAUUGUAUCUUAAUCAGGAGACAAUCAAGAGCACUGCACUUCAUUCGGAAAAAUAUGUAGCCACCGUUUAGUAACCGAGUGUAAAUACGCUCGACAGCGUUACGAAAAACGUGUAUGCCUGUUAUAUCACUCGCUAUAUUAUACGCAGCAAUAUUUCGCUAAAUAUAUAUAUAAAAAAACAUAUAAUUAUAUAAAUAUAAGUAUAUCGCGCGUAUUUGGUGCUAAAACAAAAAAUCUUUCCAACUAACGGCAAUAGAUACCUACUUAAACAAAGAGAUAACUUUAAUCGUAAAGAAAAAAGCCAUGUACCAAACGUGAUAACAUGUUAUACAUUUCAUAUAUUUGUUUAUACAUGCGCAUAUAAAUUACGCGCCAUUUUUUCUGACGUAAGAACUUAUCACUAGCUAGACAAUCUUACAUGUUUCCUAAACGACCUAUAUUUGUAUGUUAAAUCAAAAAUAUGUUAAAAUAUUUGAAUGUAUUGGAGAAACUGUUGGGACUGUCAUAAUUGAAGAAUCUGCGUGUUGGUAGAGCUCAACACACCAAAUUUUUCAACAAUCUAAAGACUCUGCGCCUUUAUAUUAUUGUACACUAUUAAAUUUAUUUUGGAAUCUGACACACAUUUAACAGAAAACAGAAAUGCAGAAAUAAGUGAAGGAGAGCGAAUAGAAUAAAUUUUUGCAGUAUACAAAAUGUUCCUCAUACCGCAUUGCUCGUUACAUUUUUGGACCAAAAAAAGAAAACAUGUGUGGAUAAGCGCGGCGUAAGUACAUCGAGCGAAAAGGCUUAAUACGCUUAAGGAAUCGAUCAAUAAAAAGCAAAAGUAAAUAUGUGCUUACAUGUUUUUUACGUGAAGCACAUGUUGUGUGUCAUGCAUGCGAAAAAAAAUUUAUUUAUUCAUUAAAACGAAAUGUUCGACGUACAUAAUCCAUUAUGUCGUGGCAACAUUGUCUGGCCGAAAAAAAGCAUGUGUCGUACAAUCAGCGAAAGCGUUACAAUAAAGAGAAUUGAAAGUAUAACGCAGAUAUGGAAAUAAGACGAUACUUUUUUCGUUCGAAAACUCGAUAUAUUGCUAAGAUGUCACACUAUAUACACAUCCACCCACACAUCCCCGUCCCACACACACACACACACAUAGAGAGAGAGAGAGAGAGAGAGAGAGAACGAAGGGGGAAAUGGAGAGAGAGUAACGAGGUACAAUGCAACAUCAUCGAUGUCGUCAUAGCCAAUUCGAUGUUUAAGAAUAAAUGUAUAGGUACAUAUGUUGUGAAUGACAGAAUGAGGGUCUACUAAGACCAAAUGUUCUCUUACGAGUUCUAUUCUCGAUAACGACUUAACUUAUUAAUAAACUUUACUCAGAAAAAAUAAUCGUAGACCACUUUUUGUGGUACACGCAAUAUUGUUUGUGGUAUUGUAAUCCAAAAAACACAACGUUACAUGUAACGUACAAGUUAGUUGUAAUUUCCUACUCAACAAUGUAACUGUUAUAUAACAUGUAUGUUAUAUAACAGUUACAUCGUUGAAUAGGAAAUUAUAAUUAACAUAUACGUUACAUAUAACGUUGUGUUCACUGAGAAUAUUGAUAAAAAAGUUAUAUUUUAGUGUCGCUUUCGAGAGUAGAAACGAAUCUUAAAAAAAUAUAAAGGUCCGUAUUCAUAUCUCCAUCUAGUGCCAGAUCUAUGUAGUUCUAAAUAGGUAUGCAAUUCUUUAAUCAUUUAAUUUUCUUUAAUCAUUAAGACGAAGCAUUUAAUAUUAGAUGAGUAAUAAAGGACGUUCUAAAUUUCUAACACGUCGACUGGAUGUCUUCCAAAUAUCUAAAUUACUUCGAAAACAACAAAUAAAUUCACAGGAUAUUUGUACACAGAAUCUUGAAGAUUUAGGGAUGUUUCAAAAGUUCAGAUAUUUCGUUUAAAUUGAGAACAAAAAUUUGAAAUGACUUUUAGGCGUAAAAAGUUUCAAAAAAGUUAGAGCACUUUUUAAACAUCUUGUAGCAGUUUUUUGUCGUCUACAUCGCUGUAGCUACUUAUAUACAUAACAAAUACGGUUCUUACUUAUUAUAUGUUUGCGAAAUUGGAAUUACAUAGUAUAUCAGAAACAUAUUAAAAUACUGUUUAGCGCUGAGAAUACGGACCGAUGUGUAAUUCAUUACGGGGUAUUACGUAACUUAGAAACUCACCUUGUAGCAAGUCAAAAUUUUUUAGUAAACUUUCUAUAAAUGCAAACAUAGCAAAGACUGGAGCAAAUUACUACACUUUUUAUUUUCUCUUCUUUAACAAUUUAUUAAAAUUUAUUUAUGAUAUAUCCCGUGAAAAAAUUUUCAAAAUUUCCGAAAAGUCUUUUUAUAUCAUAUAACAAUAUAUCUUAUCCUCAAACUUCUAAUAUUUUUUGCUAAUUGCAAAUAUUUCAAGAAUUCUGUGACAAUUAGCUCUGUGUGGGCUAACAUUAUUACAAUGUUUUCACGACCAUAUCGUAUCUUUUUUAUAGUACUAUUAAAAUAACCCUUUGUUAUUUUAAAGAUAUAACUAAUUCUAUUCGAUAAUCCCCUCAUAGCACAAGAUUUUAAAGGGAUAUCUUGGGGACUUGUGUGGACAUUUAGAAGUCCUCGGAAUAUUUUUAAGAUAUUCUGAGGAUUUAUGCGGACAUUUAGUAAUCCUCUGGAUGUCUUUGAGACAUCUUUUAAAUCUUUUAAAUGUGGGUCAGCUCCGCUCUUUUCUAUUCAUGCAAGACGUCCCGAAAAAUUCAUUGAAUAUUAUACUUCAACUGUUCACACACAAAACUUACAGAAUUUAUAUUAAAUUUUUGAUACUGGAAUGAUUUUGUCACUUUUGCUUUAAAAAAACAAUAGACGUAUGAUAUUGAGAUAAACAAUUUCUUAGUUUAUGACACAAACAGAAAUAAAAAAGAAAAAGAGGAGAAAGAAGACAGUACCUUGCGCGUAACAAUCGAUUACUUCCUUAGAUAGACAAACUACCGAAUAAAUCGUUAAUGAUAAGUGUAACACUUUCUGGCACAACGCAAUUAUCUUCUCUGUACAUAGUAGUUCGUAAACUUUUUAUGUAUGACCUUAAAAUUUCAAGUCGUGCUAGUAUAUAGUCACGAACCAAAAUGAACAGGUGAAGAGACAAACAAAUAUUCUAAAAUAAAUCUUAUGGUGACUGAGUAUGAAAAAUCACCUGGUAUUUAAUUUUAUUUGUUCAAAUUUAAUAUCAUCCAAAUACCUUUGCUUCCUAACCAUUCAUAUGUUACUGCAAUAGUAUUGUGUUACUGUAAUAGUACGCUAACCCAGAUAGCCAAGCCUGCAAAAGUCAGGUUUUGCUAAGUGUGUGCUGUAUACUAUGCUAUAACAUAAUUUUAGCAGUAACGAAGUAUGAUCUGCUAUGUCAGAUAGUGCAUAACAAAAAUCUAACAACAUCUGCGUCAUGAUAUGAUGGUAAAAAUAUUGCAAAAAUGAGGCACGAUAUAUCAGCAGAAUAGGAACAAAAUUUUAAUUUAUUGAGUAUAGACAUGAUUUUUCGACAUGAAGCAACAUAAAAACGAACAGAGAAUGACGUCAUAUCAUGCGAAUAGAAAUAGAAAUCAA